AUGCAAUUCUCUUUAUCUGUUUUUACCACCAUCGCUACUGCAUUAUUGAGCUUGCCAUGCGCAGAUGCAGCUAAACACUCCGCUAAAAUUAGCAAAAUUCCUGUUGAAGAGUCAUUGAACGUCAACACUUUCAAAGAAUACACCGACGGAUUGGCUAAUAAGUAUUUAAACAUUUUUAAUGCAGCCAACGGAAACCCGGUUGCUUUUGGAAGCCAGAACCCGGGUUCGGAAGCCCAGGUACCAUUUAUCAAUCCUACAGAGGGCAAGCAUGAAGCACCAUUGACGAAUUACUUGAAUGCGCAAUAUUUCACUGAAAUUCAAUUAGGUACUCCAGGACAACCUUUCAAGGUUAUUUUAGAUACCGGUUCUUCGAACUUGUGGGUUCCAUCCGAAGAUUGCUCGUCGUUGGCUUGUUUCUUGCAUUCCAAGUACUCGCAUGACUCUUCGUCCACCUACAAGGCUAAUGGGUCGUCGUUUUCUAUUCAAUACGGUAGUGGUGCCAUGGAGGGUUACGUUUCCCAAGAUACGUUAGCUAUUGGUGAUUUGAUUAUCCCAAAGCAAGAUUUUGCUGAAGCCACUAGUGAACCAGGGUUAGCUUUUGCCUUUGGUAAGUUUGAUGGUAUCUUAGGUUUGGCCUACAAUACUAUUUCUGUGAACAAGAUUGUUCCUCCAAUUUACAAUGCCAUCGAGCAGGGCUUGUUAGAAGAACCUAGAUUUGCUUUCUACUUGGGCGACACUUCCAAGAGUGAGGAAGACGGUGGUGUUGCUACUUUUGGUGGUAUUGAUGAAGAUUUAUUCACCGGAAAAGUUGUAGAGUUACCAGUCAGAAGAAAGGCAUACUGGGAAGUUGAAUUCGAGGGUAUUGGUUUAGGUGACGAAUACGCCGAAUUGAGCAAAACUGGUGCUGCCAUCGAUACUGGUACUUCUUUGAUCACUUUACCAUCUUCUUUGGCUGAGAUCAUCAACUCCAAGAUUGGUGCUGAAAAGUCUUGGUCCGGUCAAUACCAAAUUGAUUGUGAAAAGAGAGAUUCUUUACCAGAGUUAACUUUGACAUUCGCUGGCAACAACUUUACUUUAUCUCCAUAUGACUACACUUUAGAAGUUAGUGGUUCGUGUAUUUCUGUUUUUACUCCAAUGGAUUUCCCUGAACCAAUCGGUGAUUUAGCUAUCAUUGGUGAUGCCUUUUUAAGAAAAUACUAUUCUAUCUACGAUUUAAAGAAAAACACCGUUGGUUUGGCCAAGGCUAAAUAA